AUGAUGUGUCCCAAAGUUGAGGUUCUCCGUCCUUAAUAACUAACCGCUUAGCAAGUUCCCCCUGCCAGCAGAAAGUUUGACUGAAGGAGUGGAAGCGCAUCAGAGAAAAUGGAAUUUUUCUAUAGCUCGAUUGGAGCUUCAUCAGUCAUAGUUCUUCUCAUCGGGGCAUGGAGAUUCUUGAAUUGGGCUUGGAUCACACCAAAGAAGAUGGAGAAACGCCUCAGGCGGCAAGGUCUACAGGGAAACUCUUACGGGUUCUUGUUUGGAGACACCAGAGACAUGGGAAGGAUGCUUGAGGAGGCUAAGUCCAAACCAAUUUCUUUAACAGAUGAUAUCUUGCCUAGAAUCAUGCCCUUCAUCAAUGAAACAAUGCAACAUAAAGGUAAAAAUAGCUUUUUUUGGCUUGGACCAAGGCCGGCAAUGGUUAUCUUGGAUCCUGAACAAGUAAAGGAGGUCUUCGCAAAAUAUUUUACUUAUCAGAAGCCUCGGGCAAAUCCAUUCAGUAAACUUCUAGCACUAGGACUUGCUAGCCUGGAUACAGAAAAAUGGGCCAAACACAGAAGAUUAUUGAAUCCUGCAUUUCAUGUAGAGAAAUUGAAGUACAUGGUGCCAGCAUUUUAUCUGAGUUGUAAUGAGAUGUUAAGCAAAUGGGAGAACCUUGCCCCCGCAGAAGGAUCUUUUGAAUUAGAUGUGUGGCCUUAUCUUCAAACAUUUACUGGUGAUGUAAUUUCAAGAACAGCUUUUGGUAGCAACCAUGAAAAAGGGCGAAGGAUCUUUGAACUCCAAAGAGAACAGGCUUUGUAUAUUGAGCAAGUUAUGCAAUCCAUUUGCCUUCCAGGGUGGAGUUUUGUGCCAACAGAAAGAAACAAAAGAAUGCAGAAGAUUUUCAAGGAAGUAAACUCAUUAGUUAUGGGCAAUAUCAACGAAAGGCUGAAGGAAAUUCAAACAGGUGAAGCUACAAGUGAUGACUUGUUGCGUAUUUUAUUGGAAUCCAAUUUUAAUGAGAUCCGACAACAUGGAAAUAAGAACUGCAUGAGCCUUGAAGAAGUCAUUGAGGAGUGCAAGCUAUUCUAUUUGGCUGGACAAGAGACAACCUCAGGAUUGCUCGCCUGGACAUUAAUUUUAUUGAGUCAACAUUUUGAUUGGCAGGCUCGUGCCAGAGAUGAGGUUCUACAGGUUUUUGACAACAAUGAACCUGAUAUUAGUAAAUUAAAUCACCUCAAAAUUGUUACUAUGAUCCUUAACGAGGUUCUAAGGCUAUAUCCACCGGCAGCGAUGCUUUUUCGAAUGAUUCCCGAAGAAACUAAAUUAGGCGAACUGUCACUGCCAGAAGGAAUGUUCAUCUUUGUGGCCCGAGUCUUGCUGCAGCAGGACAAAGACUUGUGGGGUGAUGAUGCGAAGGAAUUUAAUCCAGAAAGAUUCAGUGAGGGAGUUUCAAAGGCUACAAAAGGCAAUCUCUCGCUCUUUCCAUUUGGUUGGGGACCUCGAACUUGCAUGGGGCAAAAUUUUGCUAUGCUGGAAGCAAAGAUGGCGCUGGCUUUGAUCUUACGGCGCUUUUCUUGGGAGCUUUCGCCGAGUUAUGCACAUGCUCCUCAAGUUGUGCUCACUCUUCAACCCCAGUAUGGAGCUCAUUUGAUCUUGAAGAAACUGUAAAA